UUUACGAGUUGCAAUGUUUUGUGUAUAUAGUUGAUUAAAUAAUGGUUUACACUACUGAUAAACAUAAGCUCUACACUUGUGGUAAGAGAUGCAUCUGGCCUGUCAAUUGAACAUUGCUCUGAACAGCCAAGAAGUGUAAAACAAGGGGAGAGGGUCCGCUGCCCAAUCAUGACUGCUUUGGUUCGACCUGAAGUCAAUAUUUCAGAGCUAUGUGAGGAUGGAGACAAGUUCCUCGGGAGCGGAGAGCUGGAGAGGGCGACCUCCUUGUACAUGUCUGCCUUCAGGACUCACGCCACCUCUGCGGUGUCCCACAUGCGAAAAUUGGACAGGUCCAGUCUGGACUUGGUGAUUGCUACUCUACAAGGUUGGCUUGACAAUCAUGGGAAGACUCAGCCUGCAGAGGGUCUUAAUAAAGGUCUUGCUGCUGUGUUCCUUUCCACGCUCAACCCCAACAAUCUGUCAGCCACCAUUUACAAAAUGGAGUCUCUUCUUCAGAGCGGCAGGCAUGCCUGUGAAGAGAUUUUUGCCCGAUGCACUGUUAUGCUUGAAGGGAAGCAAAACCCUCCUCCCGAGGGUUCAACUCGCACUUUGUUAGAGAUAACUGGAGCCCUUGCCUGCUUGCUAUCAGAACCUCAUGUUUUAAAGGGACUAAAGCUUUACCUCAAAGCUUACCAGAAUAGCAAGUCUGAAACGGUCACACUGGUGAAGAGUAGACAAGCAGGGCACCUUCCAAAAAUAGUGAAGGCCUUUACAGACCAAAUAAUGCUCAUACAUCCCACUCUGGUAGUUGACAGUGAUUGGACUGUGGGAACAAAGGACAAUGAUAUGCUUGAAGAAGAAGCUUGUUCUACAGUUAUUGAGUUUUUGUUGUCUGUCUCACCUGGUAACAGAGAUGUACAGGAACUCCAGGCAGCAUAUUUGUUUUUGACAGGCAGGUUUAUGGACAGUGCAGAGGUAUACUCUUCCCUUUUGCAUCAUGGCCAUGGUCAGAAAAUAUCUGCAAGCACUGCAGGGAAAUCAUUCCAAGAAACUCCUGAGAGGACAGCCAGACUCUUAACAAGUCGAGCAGCUUCUUGCUUUUCAGCAGGUGGAAGGACUGCAGAGGAAUGCACAGAUCUGGGGAAUGCAUUUGAGAUCCAUCCAGCCACAGCCCGAAUUUACUUCCAAAAGCUGUUCACUGAGCAUGGAACUGGAGUGGCAGCUCGCAGCCAUCUCCGUCAGCAGGCGGAGAGGGGCCUGUCUGACUACAGAGAACGGGUCCUUCUCCGGGCAGACCUGCGAUCUACUGAAGGAGUUGAACUUCUGGACCCUGUGAUCACUCGGUUACGGACCCUGUGCCAUUUAGAGCCUGAUGGGGGAAGAAGGGAGCUGCGGGUCCGACUGGCUGAUUGUCUUCUCCUCAGAGGAGAGCACAAAGAGGCCCUCUCUAUCUGCAGCCAGCUAGCUGCCGCUCAAGGUCAGCAGAGUUAUCAAAAUACGGUCCACGUUCUUCUUGGAUAUGCACGAUUUCUCUCUGACGACCACAGGGGUGCAUUAGAAGAUUUUCAGGCUGUGAUUGAACAUAACACCCCCCACCCUUCCAGCUGUGUGCGUGCACUUUGUGGCAGGGGGCUCCUGCGAAUGAUGGGUGGCUUAAACUAUCUGACUGCUUUAGACUAUGUGACAGCCAGCAGGUUGCAUCCUCAGGAAACAGCAUUCGCUGUGCGCUGCUUGGUGCCCUGGAAUUACCGCGGGCUGCUGUGUACCGUUCUGCUGGAGCAGGGACGAUUCAUGCUCGAAGGGACUAGAGAUCACAAACCCAAGUCCAGUUCUGGUGAAGACGCUCAGCAGCACCAAAAGGAGGACCAGAUGGAGGCCCCGUCCAAGAGGGGCGACCACAGAUCAGGGACUCCUGCUGGUGUCCAUUCUCUUGCUAUGUUGUUGAUGGAGCUCCAGCCCAGUGCUGAUGGGCCUCAGAUCCUGGCAGCAGAUGCCUUAUACCAGCUUGGCCGGGUGGAGGAGGCCUACCGGUUGCUGCUGUCCAUUGGGCCCACCACCAAUCCUCGUGCACCCAUCCUGGCGCGCCUUGCCCUGCUGCAGCUGCACAGAGGCUUUCUUUAUGACACCAAUCAGCUGCUGAAAAAGCUCAUCUUGUGUGGCGACACCAGCUGCUUGCGCCCCCUGUUGGCAGUGGCACAGCAGAAAGACAGAGCGCUGCUGCAGGGACACUGCCACUCAGCUGCAAAACGCAUCUUGGACCGCACAAGAGAGGAGAGCGCGGUCAGAGAGGCUGUGGCUUACCUCUCCAUUGCUAUUAUGGCCUCUGGUGGCGAGGCAGCAGACUCACUGCUAGAAAGAGCGAGGUGUUACGCCUUGCUGGGCCAACGAAAAACAGCCGUAUUUGACUUCAGUGCCAUUCUGAAGGAGCACCCGAAACAUGUGCAUGCCCUCUGUGGGAGAGGUUUCACAUACCUCAUGCUGAAUCAACAAAAGGAAUGUACUUGUGAUAUCAUGGCAGCACUUCAGAUAAAUGCUGACACAGUCACCAAAGACAUCCUUUCCCUCAAGGACAGGGCACAGAAGCUGGUCUGUGAUUGGCUGCAUCAGUUCUGUCAUACAAGUCUGUCAAACAUCGUGGCCACUAAUGGUGUUCCCUGCCACGAAGAGCAGCUCAGAGAGGCUUUUGUAAUUGGUGGAGCUUUGAUGAGGGUUGACAGCAGAAACCCCAAAUGGCAUCUGCUCUAUGUGGACAUCCUCUUGGCAAAAGGUGAGAUUAAGUCAGCAGGCACUCAUCUGUGCCAGAUAUUUGGCCAGGAGCCAAGAGAUGCAGUGGCCCAGGCUCGGGUGGGUGUGGUAGAGGCCUGGCAGAAGAGCUACUGCAGUGCAGCUCGCAGGCUCAGCAAACUGGCUGAGAAGGAUUCAUCCAGUCUGGACUUCUUGCUGGCUCUCAUCCCAUUUAAUCAGAGAAAAUGCAUGGCACAGGCAGCGGCUCAGGAGGCCAGCAGUGUGGCAUCAGGUGGACAGUGGAACCAGGCGCUCACCCUCCUGACUGUGGCAGUGCAAUCAGGAGGCAAUCAGCGAUUGGAGUAUCUUCGCCAGCGGGCCGUGUGCCUGGCACAGCUGGGCUUACAUGAGCGGGCUAUAGCUGAUCUGGACAGACUUAUCCAGAAAAACAACAGACUUGACUCCAGCUGCUCAGACCACCUUCAAGUCCAGGUGAAGGAUUUGUGUUGGCGAGGUCACAGCCUGGUGCUCUGCUCCAAAGAAGGGGCAGCUCUGGAGGACUUCACCCAGGCCCUGGAGCUUGACAGAGAACAGACCAUCCAGUGUGUGGAGGCUGGUUUAGGAAGGCUGCGUCUUGCUGAGUGUUUCCUGCGGGGGGCGCUGCAGCAUUAUGGGGAGCAGCAACUCAGUAAAGCUUGGACCUUGAUUGAAUGUGGCCUCCUUUUGGACAGUGAGAACACGGAGCUCCGUAGACUGAGGGCAAGAGUCAAACGAGAAGUGGCCAGCCCUUGCAACGUCAAUUAGUCUUGAUUGUGGACUGGACACAGAAUCUCCUGUGGAGCUUAAAUAUCUAAAAAUGUCUUAGCCUAUACUUAAAAAUACUGGGCCACGCAAAGAGCUCCUUCAAAAGCUCCAACAAGGCCAAUGCCCUACCUCAGAAUGUAAAACAACCAAAAAACAAAAAGAAAAAAAAUCUCA